AUGCCUGUUAGGUAUCGUGGACUUCGCUUUCUUCCCACCGAUGACGAACUCUUCUUCCAUUACUUGAUGCCAAGGCUGCACGGAGAACCGCUGCCCGAUCCGGAUGUCGUCCGCGACUGCGACGUCUACGGCGGUGAUCCCUGGAAGAUCUUUGGCAAGGAUCGGGACGAGAAGUCCUAUGUUUUCACCAUGUUGAAGAAGAAGAGCAAAUCGAGAGUGGACAGGACCACUGGCUCGGGUACUUGGAAGGGCGAACAAAGUUAUAAAAUCAAGGGUUCGCAAGGUGAAGUGGUUGGCUACAAGAAACUCUUUACUUUCGAACCUAAAGCCAGCUCGAGCGCGGAAGCCGACAAGGCCGAUAAUGGACACUGGAUCAUGUACGAGUACUCGAAGCAUCCACACAAUGACACGGAGUGUGUCUUAUGCGUUAUUAGCAACAAAUACGCUGAGGAAGCAAGCAAGAAGGCGCGUCAGAACCUGCACAGUAGAGUGCAACUUGAGGAAGAGAGUCGACGAGCAAAGAAGGCACGCCCACACCGCGAUGAUCUCACAAAUGCCGACGACAUUCCUUCCGUCGCCUUGCCACCCUCAACCACCGCCACCGCUCGAGCUCAACCAUCCACUUCCCCACCUUUCAACGAAGACGAAGUUGUCAUUCCGCAGAACAUCUGCGGUCCCACUUCCCCGGAUUUUGCUGGUGACGCCAACCGCAAUUCGCAUCCUGCGCCGACGACGACAAUGGCCGUGCCGGAGGACAUCCGCUGCCCUGCUGAUUUGCCAGCUUUUGGUGGCGCGAACGCCAGUACAUUUUCCACAACUAGCACUGCAGUACCCUCACUCUACAGGGAAUGGGCGAAUCAGUUGAAGAAUGUGGAAUUCACUCCUUUAGUCAAGUACCUACUUUGUAAGGCCGUCGAGGAUCGCGCUCAAGCUCUCCAUGCAAGGAACGACCUCCGGGUGGAGUUCCAGCCAAUUAUUAGAAGAAUUGAUGAACAUCACGUUUCUAAUUGCAAUUAUUACUAA